AUGUCAUCUAAUAAGAAAAAGGCGUCUAACCCAGUGAUCAAUUUGGUCGCUGGUGGUACCGCCGGUUUGUUCGAAGCUCUAUGCUGUCAUCCGUUGGAUACGAUAAAAGUCCGUAUGCAAAUCUACAGGAGGGCCACUAGCAAACUUAACGCUGCGGAACAUUCAGCGAUCAAACCUCCUGGGUUUAUAACCACUGGGAAGACUAUUUAUGGACAGGAGGGGUUUUUGGCCCUGUAUAAAGGUCUUGGUGCAGUUGUCAUAGGUAUCAUCCCGAAAAUGGCCAUACGGUUCUCCUCUUACGAAUGGUACAGGACAUUGCUCGCAGAUAAAACUACAGGGAGUGUUUCCACUGGGAACACAUUCUUAGCUGGUGUACUUGCCGGUACCACUGAGGCGGUGAUCGUGGUAAACCCAAUGGAAGUGGUCAAGAUUAGACUGCAAGCGCAACAUUUGGCAGAGGGCGCUAUAAAGGACGUAGCACCAAAGUACAAAAAUGCUAUCCAUGCAGCGUACACCAUUGUGAAGGAGGAAGGUAUCGGUGCUAUGUAUAGGGGGGUCUCGCUGACCGCGGCAAGACAGGCUAGUAACCAAGGUGCUAAUUUCACAGUUUACUCGAAAUUGAAGGAAUUCUUGCAAAAAUACCACAACCAAGAGGUACUGCCCUCGUGGGAAACCUCCUGUAUUGGGUUGAUCUCUGGUGCAAUUGGACCCUUCUCGAACGCCCCCUUGGAUACAAUCAAAACGAGAUUACAGAAGGACAAGUCGAUCAGUAGUGAUAAGUCCUCCGCGUGGAAGAAGAUCGCGACAAUCGGAAGACAAUUGAUCAAAGAGGAAGGGUUUAGGGCCCUGUACAAGGGUAUCACGCCAAGAGUGAUGAGAGUGGCACCGGGCCAAGCAGUCACUUUCACAGUGUACGAAUACGUCAGAGGUCACCUGGAGAGAAUGGGCCUGUUCACAGGUAAGCCAAAACCCAAGGCAUUGAAGUGA